AUGGAACGCGAGGUCAGAUUUCCACUCUGGACCCUUCCUUUGUCCCUUAUUGCCGUGUUCCUCUACAUCGGUGUACACUGUUAUCUCAACUACUACAAGGCUCCUCAAUUUCCUGGCCCAUUCUUGGCGAAGGUGUCGACGGUAUGGCUGUUGAUUCAUACAUUUUCGGGAAAGCUGAACCAGUACAAUGCUGCUAUACUCGAGAAAUAUGGCUCACCCGUCCGCAUCGCGCCCGACAAGAUCCUCACCAACGACCCCAUCAUCCUCCGGUCCAUGAGCACUCCUCGCUCCACCUUUCGCCGCGGCACCUUCUACGACGCCUUCUCUAUGCAGCCACCGCUCAAGAACGUCCUGUCUCAAAAAGACGAAAAACUCCACAACACCCUUCGUGCGAAACUCAUUAGAGGCUACUCUGGCAAGGACCUCCCAAAGCUCGAGUCCGACAUUGACUCCAAUAUCACCAAUUUCGUCAAACUCAUCCGCACGGAAUCAGCGGCUGGCAGACCAAUCGACUUCUCUCGCCUCUCGCAGUACUUCACACUUGAUGUGCUGACGCAUAUCGCCUUCUCCGCUCCUGUCGGCUACUUAACGCAGAACAGGGAUGUAUAUUCCUACAUCCGCACGGUGUCCGACUUUUUGCGAGUCCUCGAAUUAGGAGCGAAUAGUUCUAUCAUUCAAACCAUUCUCGAUUCCCCUCUCAUGGCUCCGAUGCGGCCGACGCCGGCGGACAAAGAUGGCAUGGGCGCGAUGAUGGGCAUGGCGAAGAGAGCCGUUUCCGAACGCUACGGCCCCAACCGCAAAGUGGAGCAGGACAUGCUUGGUUCUUUCGUCAAGUGCGGCCUGACGCAGCAAGAAGCCGAGUCUGAAGCUAUGGUGCAAGUCCUCGGUGGCUCCGACUCAACUGCUACUGCCAUUCGCAUGAUCAUACUAUAUGUGACCACGAGCCCAGCCGUCUAUGUCAAACUUCAGAAGGAACUGGAUGAGAACCACGGCCUAUUUGACGGCUCGUUGAUCACCAGCGCGAACAGUCGCAAACUGCCGUAUUUGCAAGCAUGCAUCAAAGAAGGUCUGCGCAUAUGGCCGCCGUUACAAGCUCUCAACUCGAAGCUCUCCCCACCAGGAGGAGAGACUGUGAAUGGGGUGUAUAUACCAGGCGGCAUUGAAGUCUGCCACAACGCCUAUACCACCCAACGCCGAAAAGAGAUAUACGGCCCUGACGCUGAGUUUUUCCGUCCAGAGAGAUGGCUUGAGGCCGCUGUCGAAUCCGGUCAACUUGAAAACGGAGCACUCAGGAGUCAUAUCAUGCAGGGAGGCGAAAAUAGCGACAUCGAAAAGCGGCCCGCCAUGACCGAAACGAAAUCCAGCCGAUCCCGUCUCACGCUCAUGGAAUCCACUCUUGAACUCAUUUUCGGGUCGGGGCGGUUUGGCUGCUUAGGGCGACAUAUUGCCCUGAUCGAGCUGGACAAAGUGAUCCCGGUCCUGUUGAGAGAGUUUGAUUGGAGUGUGGUCGAUCCGCAGAAGGGGUUCCGUAGCCAGUGCUAUGGCGUUUUCGUCCAACGAGGAAUGUGGCUUCGAGCGACAAUCAGAGAUAAGAGAAAUACUGAUUAA